AUGAAGAAUGGACAAGCACAACGCCCAUCAACCGCAAAUCCAAAGAUCUUGAGCCUCUUCAAUCUUAUGUGCUUUUUUCUCUUCUUCGGCUCAGGUUUAGCCAUUGGACUAACAGUUAGUUUCUACCUUCAAGAUUUCUCCUUCAACAUACAACUCAAACAAUUCUCUACCCCAAUUCCAACCACGAAUAGAACUGAAAAAUCUAGUCGAAUUGGAUUGAAAGAGUACGUGAAGCCCCCUAAUGUUAUACAUGACAUGAAAGAUGCGGAGUUGCUAUGGAGAGCUUCAAUGGUGCCUCGGGUUGGAGAGUUCCCCUUCAAGCGUGUCCCCAAGAUUGCAUUCUUGUUUUUGACGAGAGGGUCAUUGCCAUUAGCUCCUCUUUGGGAGAUGUUCUUCAGAGGGCAUGAGGCGCUGUAUUCAAUUUAUGUGCAUUCAGAUCCAUCUUUCAAUCGAACAGUGCCUAAAAGCUCUGUGUUUUAUGGCCGGAGUAUCCCCAGUCAGGAAGUGCAGUGGGGAAACUUCAGCAUGCUCGAAGCCGAGCGCCGUCUAUUAGCCAAUGCACUUCUCGACAUCUCCAACCACCGCUUUGUCCUCCUCUCUGAGUCAUGCAUUCCCCUAUUCAACUUCUCCACCAUCUACUCUUACUUAAUGGCCUCUACAAAAUCCUUCAUAGAGGCCUAUGAUUUACCAGGGCCCGUGGGGCGUGCCCGUUACGACCAUAGAAUGAAGCCUAUUGUCACUAUUGGGCAAUGGCGAAAGGGGUCCCAGUGGUUCGAGAUGGACCGUGGCCUAGCCAUUGAGGUAAUAUCUGAUCGGAAAUAUUUUGCAGUGUUCCGAGAAUGUUGCGAGGCCUCGUGUUAUGCAGACGAGCACUACUUGCCUACACUUGUGAGUAUCGAAUUUUGGAGGAGGAAUGCGAAUAGGAGCUUGACAUGGGUUGAUUGGUCCAAUGGCGGUGCCCACCCAGCUGGGUUUUGGAGAAGAGAUGUGACCGUCGAAUUCUUACAGAGCUUGAGGACUGAAAGUCAUUGCCAGUACAAUGGGAACAACACCGAUAUUUGCUUCUUGUUCGCUAGGAAAUUCUUGCCUGGCACUCUGAAUAGGCUUUUGAGGGUUGCUCCUAAGCUCAUGAAAUUCAAUUGA